AUGUGGGCGGGAGUAACCGCCAUCGCUAUUCUCUUCAUCGGCCGGGUGCUUUCCAUAGAUGAUUUUAUAGCUAGGCGGGUAUUCCUAAAAACUCCAGCGUCUUAUGUCAAUCUAACUUCGGAGGCUUGGAAAGUUCACGAGGGAGAUACUGAAAUAACGCUUGCCAUUCGAUUCCAGCCGAACACCAAAAUUGGACAAGUGUUUAGCUUGAGAGCGAUAGCUCUACAUGGAGUUAAAGUCGCAAAGGAGGAUACCCUGUCUUACCGGCUCGAAUCCACAAGUGAUGCUGUCUGCGAAAUCACUGAAAAUAUCAACAUAACAGGAGCAGAGAUCAGUGUUACCCUAGGCGGUGGAGGCCUCUCUAUGAUUGGUUGCGUGACGCUGGUUACUGUACAAGUGGGCGGAGUCACUCCACCGUACGAGGUCAUACCCAUCGCGUCAAAUGAGAUCGAUGAAUGUGCUAGUGGUGAUCAGUGUGAACAUAGGGAUUGUAAUAAGGGUAAAUGCUUAUCACUCGAGGUGGCUACUUGUGACUGCUACGGUACGCAGAAAUCUGGUCCAAAUUGUCGAUACCCGUCUCGAUCCGUCUUCAUCCUCAACAAUGAUGACGAAAGCCAGCCGAGUAACAUACGGUAUACACCAUGGAAUGUUGAUCAGUUGGUCACAAGGAUUACCAUCGAUUUUAAGUUUGCUGAACCUGACAAUAAACAAGGAGUACUUCUACAUUCAGUACUGGAUGAUGGUUCAGUAGUAAAACUUUACGUCGUGGAAAAGAAUGGAAAUUUACAAUUUGGCAGCCUUGGCCAUAUAAAUUUCACUCUGGAUACCAGCGUGGAGUACCAUAUAGUAUUUAUUGGUAUACACCAUUCAUCGCGCAUGAUUGGCUUGUCAGUGGAUGGAAAAACUCAGGUUGGUCAGGUUGCGAGAACUGGUCCUCAAGGCAGAAAGCUCUCGUAUGCGAACUCCUCCAUUGAUCUGAAAUUCGCAUCCAUAUUGUUUGGCGGUGCUCCUGCAACGAAUGGAGCACGCGAACUUGGCAUAACAGCAUGCCUGAAGAAUAUCUAUGUUGAUCAUCACGAUAUUAUCUAUAUGCUAUUUGACAACGAUAGACGGGUGGAAUCGUCCAAGAGACUCGUACCAUGCGCUUCUGAUGGUAAUUUGCCGGAUCUGAUGACUCUUGGACUACCGAUGUUCAACGCUGACCCCUUACCAGAUGAGGUUUGUUAG